AGCCACUGCGGCUCCAGAUGCGGCGCCGCCCGGCGCGAGCGUGGGCGCCCGCCCGAGGUCGGUGAAACACCUCCACGAAGAGACGCGGCGCCCUGGUCGCGAUGGCGUUCAAGUGCCAGAGGUGGACGCUGGCCAACGCACUGCCGGUGGCCUUCGUGCUGUGGGUCAUCGCGGCGUGGCUGCACCUGCGGCCCCUGUGGGAGCGCGACGCCCGCUCCUUCUACGUCGAGGCCGCCGUCUCGAACACGCUCACGGCCCUGCUGCUGGUGUGCCUCGGCAGGGCCAUGUUCACGGACCCCGGGUCCGUGCCCGACGUGCCCGAGUGGCGGGACGGGCAGGGUGGCGUCUGGGGUUCCUGGCAGGGCGCGCGCGGCGGCCCGGUGAGCAGGGAUCCGACGGGCGAGGAUGGCUCGGUGGUGCACGAGGUCAAGCAGACUGGCGGGCGCCGCUUCUGUAAGUGGUGCGACAGCUACAAGCCCGACCGCUGCCACCACUGCCGGGUGUGCAAGUCGUGCAUCCUGCGCAUGGACCACCACUGCCCGUGGAUCGCCAACUGCGUCGGCUUCAGGAACCACAAGUGGUUCUUCCUGCUUGUUCUGUAUUCCUUCCUGAGCUGUGCCGUCAUCUUCGCGACCAUGUCUCAGUCCCUGGUGCGAUCCCUGAGCCUCGAGUACCGCUCCUCCAGGGAGCGUUUUUUGAUGGUCUUCGGCCUCACUUUGGCUUGCAUCAUGGCGCUGCUUCUGAAGGCCUUCCUCAGCUUGCACAUCUGGCUGAUGCUGAAGGCCACGACCACCAUCGAGCUAUGCGAGAAGCGAUCGCGGCAGGGCUGCUCCAAGCCGCUCCCCAGCUACGAGCAGGGAGCCUACGAGAACAUGAGCGUGUUUUUCUAUUGCUUGGGGCAUGAUGGGCAGUAUAGCCCCCGGCCACCCCUCC